AUGACUGUGUGGGGCAAUAUUCGUAAUGAAGCUGCCAUCAUGUCAUCCACAGGCAAUGGCACUGAUAUUGAAGAAUUCUUGGCCAACAUUAACUUGGGGCAGUAUAUUCCUAACUUUAAAGAAUAUGGCUAUAACAUCGUGACCGAUUGCGUGGGGAUAAAUAACAGUGUGCUUCAGCAAAUGGGAGUGUUGCCUACAGGGCACCGGAGAAGGAUUCUUAAGCAAUUGGACACCACUCUUUCAAAAAUGCAAGGAAAUUCUCUUUUCCAUGAAAAUUUAAAAUUCAAAGACUUGAAAGGUUUAGAAGAGAAGCAAUAUUCGUCCUCAGAUCAGGAGUCUCAAAUAAGCAGUUCAAGUGUAGAUGGGACUAGUUUGAUACCUGCAACAUUGUCAGAACAACUUCUUGAUAAAGCUCACACUGAUAAAGAAAGGUUUGAACUCGCAGAGCAAAACUUAUCAGAGGCAAAUGAUGAUAGCUUUACAAGUCUGGAUUUUUCUAGUUUAUACCAGAAUUCAGAUAGCAUACUAAAAGCUGUCAGUCGAAGUGGAAGUAUUAAGAUGAAUACUCAGCCGGAUACAUCGCUGGAAGAAGCUGCUGCAUACCAAGCUGAUGAGCACUUGGCUGGCUGUUUGGCAUUUCGUGAUCCGCCUUCUUCAUUUGCUCAUUCAUGCGAGACCAAAUACAAUGAAAACAAACAUCUGAUGUUUGCAGAUGAGGAUGAUUUGUCUGAUAGUGAGCCAAAUUCCCCAUUCUUCAAGUUUAAAGGAGAAAUGAUAGACAAUGACUUAUAUGAUUCUUAUACGCAAAACUGCAUGAAAGUAUUUCCAAGAGCAAGCCGGUCUUUUAUAUUAAGGCAUCGACCUGUACCAGAAAUUCCUCAAUCAAGUAAAGUUCAAGCUUCAUCAAGUUCCCUUCAGAAAAGAAGAAAUGUGGAUCUUGUAAAUAUUUCUUGCACUGGGAGGCAAAUUUCACAAAACAAAACUUUCGCAGAAGGAAAGCCACCUAUCAUCUCUCCAUAUGGGGAAACCUUUAUAUGGGACAACCCUAAAGAUGCUAAGGAAAUUCAUGGAAAUGAAUUCCUGGCCUGUGAAAAUAAAUCGGAUCGAGGAAUGAAUGAAGAGUAUUCUUCUCACAAGAAUCUAUGUUCCUUUAAUAAUCAGGAAGAGAAGACAAAGGAAUUUGCAAAAAAGGAAUCCCUGUCUCAGGAAAGCAAAUCAUUAGCACCAGAAGAAUCUGAAAGUGAAUCUGUAUAUUCCUUUGUGGAGCAAUGUUCUUUGCCUUUAAAGAAACAGAAAAAUAAAGCAAAAACACACUCAGCAUCUUGUAGUAAGAUACAGACUGGAGAUUCAGAUUGCUUGGUCAGUGAACAAGUGCGUUUUCAGCAAUUUGAUGGAGAUCAGACUUCGACUGGAAAUGAAUCAAUAACACCGUAUGCUUGUUUUUAUGGACCGUCAGUAAAGAAGGUUAAAGCAGGAUGGCUGGAAAAAUUAUCCCCUCAAGGCAAAUGUGUAUUUCAGAAGCGCUGGGUUAAGUUUGAUGGAGACAGCAUUUCUUAUUACAAUAAUGAAAAGGAAGUAUUCUCAAAGGGAAUAAUACUACUUUCUGCUAUAGCAACAGUAAGAGUUCACAGGGAGAAUAAAUUUGAAGUUAUCACACCCCAUAGGACUUUUGUCUUCCGUGUCGAUAAAGAAGAAGAAAGGAAUGACUGGGUUAAUACGAUGCUCAGUGCUUUGAAAUCCCACUCUGAUAAUAACUCUCAGUCUCGAACUUCUGUCACCCCUGAGAAAAGCGGAUAUCUUGAGCUGAAAGGAUACAAAGCCAAAAUCUUUGUUCUACUUCAAGGGAAUACCGUGUGGAUCUGUAAAAAUGAGCAG